AUGUCAACAUUGCAUCUGGCCGAAAACCUGGAUGUGACAUUAGUGGGCAGUGAAGAGACAGUGUUGAUCCAUUCUCUUUGCGGAGGUGUGGAAACAGCUGCUGCACCUCCAGUCCAGUCUCCACUUUCCUAUGAGGAGGUAGCUGUGUAUUUCACCCAGGCAGAGUGGGCCCUGCUGGAUCUGGACCAAAGAGCGCUCCAUAGGGAAGACAUGCUGGCAGCACAUAUGGAGGAGGCAGCUGGAGGAUUCCAGGGGUUCUCUUUGGGAAAAGCCAACAAUGAUGACUCCCAAGGGAACUUCAGGGAUGGAGAUGCACCACAGAGGCAGGAGGGAGGACACACAGACAAGAGGAUGGAUAAGCCCGUUCCAUCCCAAGCAGGGGAUGAUCAGUGGAAUGAGGGUGAUGAGGAAGUGCAUCAGCUACUGCCAGAUAAAGUGAAGAAUGAAGAUGUGAAAGGAAAUGAAUGCUCGGAGUGUGGAAAGAGAUUCAGUCGCAGUGGUACUCUUCAAGAGCAUCAAAGAACCCACACAGGGGAGAAACCUUUUGAAUGCUCGGAGUGCGGAAAGCGAUUCAGUCGCAGUGGCGAUCUUCAAGAGCAUCAAAAAACCCACACAGGAGAGAAACCGUUUGAAUGCUUGGAGUGUGGAAAGAGAUUCAGUCAAACUGGCCAUCUAAAAAGGCAUCUAAGAAAACACACAGGAGAGAAACCUUUUGAAUGCUCAGAGUGUGGAAAGAAAUUCAGUCUGACAGGCAGUCUUCGAGUGCAUUUCAAAACCCACACUGGGGAGAAACCUUUUGAAUGCUCAGAAUGUGGAAAGAAAUUUAGUCGCAGUGACAAACUUCAAACACAUUUCAGAAUCCACACAGGGGAGAAACCUUUUGAAUGCUCAGAGUGUGGAAAGAGAUUCAGUCAAAGUAGCCAUCUUCAAAUACAUCAAACAACCCACACAUGGGAGAAACCUUUUGAAUGCUCAGAGUGUGGAAAGAGAUUCAGUCGUAGAGGCGAUCUUCAAGAGCAUCAAAGAACCCACACAGGGGAGAAACCUUUCGAAUGCUUGGAGUGCGGAAAGAGAUUCAGUCGCAGUGGCACUCUUAAAGAGCAUCAAAGAGCCCACACAGGGGAGAAAGCUUUUGAAUGCUUGGAGUGUGGGAAGAGAUUCAGUCGCAGUGGCACUCUUCAACAGCAUCAAAGAAACCACACAGGGGAGAAACCUUUUGAAUGCUCGGAGUGUGGAAAGAGAUUCAAUCGCACUUUCGAUCUUCAAGAGCAUCAAAGAACCCACACUGGGGAGAAACCUUUUGAAUGCUCGGAGUGUGGAAAGAGAUUCAGUCUGAGUGGCAGUCUUCGAAUGCAUUUCAAAACCCACACUGGGGAGAAACCUUUUGAAUGCUCAGAGUGUGGAAAGAAAUUUAGUUUCAGUAGCAAUCUUCAAAGACAUGUCAGAACCCACACAGGGGAAAAACCUUUUGAAUGCUCAGAGUGUGGAAAGAGAUGCAGUCACAGUGGCGCACUUAAAGAUCAUCAAAGAACCCACACAGGAGAGAAACCAUUUGAGUGCUCAGAGUGUGGAAGGAGAUUCAGUCACAGUAGCCACCUUCAAAGGCAUCUAAGAACACACACAGGAGAGAAAAGUUUUGAAUGUUCAUAG